CACGGGCUUCCGGCCGCACGCACGUACGCAGUACGUCGUUACGUCACCGCGUCGAUGCGCGUGCGCGCAGGCGGCACGUGGCGGCGCAGCAUGGCGGAGCGGCGAGCGGUGCCCAGCGACCUCUUCCCUUUCGUGCUCGCCUUCCUGCGCGAGAACCGCUUCGAGGGCGCCGCGCGCGCCUUCGCCAAGGAGGCGGCGGCGAAGGAGCAGGACCCCAACGCCGCCUCGCUGCUGGACAUCUUCAGCUACUGGGUGAAGUCUCCUGCCGCUAGGAAAAGGAAGCUCGUGCCCAACGGGCCUCAGGCAAAGCGGGCAGCUGCCUCGAGCAGCAGCGAGAGCUCCAGUGAGGAGGAGGAAGAGGAGGAGGAGGCGGCCCCGCCUGCCAAGAAGCCAGCUAAAGCAACAGCUGUAACAAAGACAAAAACAGUUCCUCCAGCCAAGAAGGCAAAGAGCAGCAGCAAGGACUCUAGUGAUGAUUCAGACUCAGAGGAGGAGGAGAAGAAGCCAGCAAAGAAAGGCACAAAACCUGCAGCGAAGCCAGCUGUAACCAAAAUCCAGCCUCAGAAGAAAGCAGAGAGCUCCAGCUCUGACUCAAGCAGCUCAGAUGAAGAAGCACCAAAGAAACAGCCACCAAAACCAGCGACACCUAAAGCAGGAAAUAAAGCUGCUCAAGCAACCACCAAAGUGGUCAAUGGGAAAGCACCAAGCAGCAGCAGCAGUAGCAGCAGUAGUGAAGAUUCUGAUGAGAAAAAGGCUGUGCCGAAAAAGGCUGUUCCCAAGAAAUCUGUGCCCAAACCUGUAGCCACGCAGUCGUGUCCAGGGAAAACCAAACCUGCCAAGGAAAGUUCAAGUAGUGAAGACUCUUCUGACAGUUCAGAUGAUGAAAAGCCACCUGCAAAAAAAAAGCCAAAGUCCGGUCAGUACAGUGCUGUACCACCACCUCAAGCUGUGCAGACAAAGAAAGUCCUUGCCAAGACUCCAGUGAAAAAGGCUGACAGCAGUGACUCUUCAGACAGUAGUGAUGAGGAAGAACAGAUGCGUCCAAAGGGAGGAAUGGGCAAAGCAGCAGUAGCUAAAACAAUUGUUACCCCAAAAAACAAAGCUGUGACUGCAAAGAAGGCUGAUUCCAGUUCAGACAGUGACUCAGAUUCUAGCUCUGAAGAUGAGAAGAAGGUAGGGAAUAAGCUCUCAGCUAAACAACCUGUGAUAAAGAAUGCUUCCAAACCAGCAAAAGCAGCUGCCAAGCCUGGACAAGCAAAGAAGGACUCCAGCUCCUCCUCAGACAGCUCAGAUUCUGAUAGCUCUCACAAGAAGCUGCCUGUGAAGCCUGCAGCUAAAACAGCAACCCCUGCAGCAAAGAAGCCACAAGCUACUGCAAAGAAAGCACAAAGUAGCUCUGAUUCAGAUAGCAGCUCCAGCAGCUCUGAGGAGGAGAAGGCCCCUCCAGCUAAAUUAGCUGGCAAAACAAGUAAGCCAGUGUCCAAACCAACCCCAGUGCCCAAAGCAAGCAGUUCUGACUCUGAGAGCUCAAGCAGUGAUGAAGAAAAGAAGCCAGCAGUGAAACCAGUCAGCAAAUCUACGGGGGCGGCAAAAGCAACUAUAGGGAAGAAAGCAGCUGCAUCUAGCAGUAGUAGCUCUUCUGAUAGUUCCAGCGAAGAGGAUGAGAAGCCCAAAAAUUCUGGGAAAGGGGCACAAAACACUUCUCAGACUGCUGCCUCCACAGAGAAAGCAAAAGCAUCCACACCAGCAGCCAAGAACCAGAAGUCUAAGCCAGCUGGUGACAGCAGUAGCAGCAGUGAAAGCAGUUCUGAAGAGGAGAAAGGAAAAGCAAAUGGAGGCAUAGUCGAGAAGAAACAGAAGAGAGAAGUUGUUCAGGAGUCAGAGACACCAGACAAUAAAAAGGCAAAGAACAAACCUAAAACACCACAUACAGUUCCGAAAGUGAAACGGGCAGCUUCUCCUUUCCGACGUGUAAGAGAAGAAGAAAUUGAGGUGGAUGCCCGUGUUGCUGAUAACUCCUUUGAUGCAAAGAAAGGAGCAGCUGGUGACUGGGGCGAGAAGGCUAACAAUAUCCUGAAAUUCACUAAGGGCAAAUCUUUUCGCCAUGAGAAGACCAAGAAAAAACGAGGCAGCUACUGUGGGGGCACUAUAUCAACCCAAGUAAAUUCAGUCAAGUUUGAAAGUGAAUGAGAAUGUUUCCUUGAAAAUUUGUGAAACCGUCAGCUCACCAGAAUCACUUGGGUGGGCACUUGGAUUUUAUGGACAUGAAACCGUCCUGGAACGCAACCUUCCACAGCCCCCUGUGGGGCAGGCAGCUUCAGUAUGGGGGUAUGGGAGAAUGGUUGGACAAUUCCCUCCUUCAUUUCUAUCUAAUAUUGAUUUAGGCCCCUCAUGUGAAACCAUCCUUGAGCUGGUGUUAAACACCACUAGGGUGACCUCCAAGACUUAAAUUUUCUAGUCUUAUUUUAAAAGACAGUAAUUUUUUGUUGUUGUUAUUUUGUUCUAGUUUCCUGUCAUCUAGUAAAAGGGAGAAUUUAUUUCCCUCUAACUUAACCCACUGUUUCUUUUUUGGCUAGUUUAACUUGGAUACCUGUGAAGCUGCAAGUACUGUGACUUGCCUUUGGCUGGUUACACUAAGAGCAGUGACCCAUUUGAAUCCUGUGGCUGUAAUCUCCACCCAUAUCUGACAUUUCAAAUUCACAGUUGCAGUGUGUCCAGGUUUUUAUUUUCUGAUUGCUUCAUAUUGCAAUAAACUCUUACCUUCCUCUUCCCUCAAUUCCUAUUAAGGGUACUGGUCAGAGUAGUUAAAGAAGGAGAGUAAAUUCAUCUCAGUAGCUGAGGAAUCACAUGGCUUGAAGUUACAAGUUGGCCAACGUCUUUACUGUAUUAUUGUGGCACUUUUGGUAAGGCUUACAUUGGGAAUGUAGCCAGGGAGUGGAGAUAGCCUCCAUACAGUCAAUAGUUUCUGCUGUCAUUGGAAGAAGUGUCUUUGGCUCAGCGGGAAUGCUUAAGGAAGAGGAGAAAGUGAGAUUUUUUUGUUUAUUUUUAGUUUUUUUUUAACCCAGCUCAGCUUUUUGCUGUGAUUUGGGUUUGUUUUUUUUUUCCAAAGAAGCUUUGACUGCAGCAUGGCACCACUCUGUUCUCUCUGAGCAUAUAAUGUGCCAAUUUAUGCUUACUAAAUAAUGUGCCACACAGAUUGAUCAAUGAUGAGAUGAAUGUAACAUUAAUGCCUUAAAUUGCCUUGGGUUAAAUCACUUGCUCUCUUUCAGCUUUUUUCUACUUGUGAAGUCCCUCUGAAGAAGCAAAAUGCCAGUUUCCCAUCACCUUAUUGCAUAUAGUUUGGUGUUGUGUUGCACCACAAGUUGUGUAGUGUGAGUGGAGUCUCAAGUUCAGUAAUUACAUCAGGAAGUGAGAUUUUAUAAGCAACUGAGAUGGUCUGAAGGCUUGCUGCUGUUGAGAGAUCUUCCUUUUCCUCCAUUAGGUGGAUUAAGUUAAUUUUAGCCUAUGGAGCAGUAUGCUGAGCACAUAGCCGGUAUGAGUUGAAAGGUGUAGAACAUCUGUGGGAAAAGAGGGCAGUGGGCUGUGAGAUUGCCUUGCCAAAUGCUGUGACACCGCUGCCCCUCAGAGGCUGUUUUCAUGCCCUCCCAGGGGGUUGCCAGUAAGAAGAGCCCCGUUGCUGCAGGAAGCCACAGUUGUAUGCAAGGCAAUGUCUCAUAAUUCAGCAUUGCUUGCAACUGAUGAGCUAACUCCAAUUGCAGAUGCUGCAACUUGUUUCCAUGAGCAUUUUCAGGGCUUCCCCUUGGGCUUGCACAACUGGGCUGGUUGCUGGAUCCUAGGCAACCGUGCAGAGGGGCCGGGGGAAGAGGGGUGCAGAUAUCACACAGCAUUCAAUGUUGGAGGCCAAAGGAAGGUGGGAAGGGUUUUUACCUGUGCUAGGGAUGCGAACAAAACCUUGCUUAUAGUUUAUCAUUUUAGUUUGUCAUUUGCCCUCUUCUAUUUGAACUCUCACUUUGUAGCUGCUGAAAGACACUUUUUAAAAACUGUCGUGCUUGGGGUAUUUUAUGUGUGGGCACUCAAGUGUCUCUGAAAAUAAAGAUUGCUGCCUUUGUAA